UGGACCAGGUUGGGGGAAGGCAUCAGAGAUAACUGAUGGAGAGACACUGCGACCAGGGUGAGAGGAAAGGUGAAGUCACCUCUCUCCAGGCGAUGCCCUUGCCACAGGGACAUAGCUGCUGUGAUGAGCUAGGAGACAGUUUGGGUCUGGGCAUCUUCCCACAAGGGAUAGACCUGGCAGGACUCUGCCUGCUUCAGCUGGCUAAGCUCUGAAGGACAGAGUCAGAGGCAGAGUGAGAAUGACUCAAACCCACCACCUGCCUUCCUGAGCCCUGGUACUGCCUGCUGCCUGCUGUAUCCUUGACUGGGCCAAGGAGGCUUGGCCAGGGGCCAGGCUGGCCUGCACUGUGCCCAAAUACACUCCUCUCAGGUUCCCCAAAUGUUUCAACAAUUGCCCUCUCCAUUUUCCGCUUUGCUCCCACAGGUCAGGGCUGUGGAGCCAGGGAAAUCUAGCCACCCUCACUCCUGCCCUUUCCACCUCUAGGGGGACCAUGGCCAGUGCAGAGUUCUCACUUCCUACAAACCUAGGCCCCAGCCCAGAUCCUGGUGACAGUGAGGUGAAGCUGAACUGCUGGUUUGACGAGGAGUUCAAGUUCAUCCCGCUGCCUGUGAGCUACACAUUUGUCUUUGUGCUGGGCCUAGGCCUCAAUGCCCCGACCCUCUGGCUCUUCCUGUUUCACGUCCGACCCUGGGAUGCAACGGCCACCUACAUGUUCCACUUGGCCUUAUCAGACACUUUGUUUGUGCUGUCACUACCCACCCUCAUCUACUAUUAUGCAGCCCACAACCACUGGCCCUUUGGCACUGGGCUCUGCAAAUUCAUUCGCUUUCUCUUCUACUGGAACCUCUACUGCAGCGUCCUUUUCCUCACCUGCAUCAGUGUGCACCGCUACCUGGGCAUCUGCCACCCACUGUGGGCACUGCACUGGGGUCGCCCACGCUUUGUGAGCCUCCUCUGUCUGACAGUUUGGUUUAUCAUAGCUGGUUGCCUCAUGCCCAACUUGUUCUUUGUCACAACCAGCACCAAGGGGGACACCAUCCUGUGCCAUGAUACCACAUGGCCCAAGGAGUUUGACCACUAUGUGCGCUUCAACUCAGCCAUCAUAGGGCUGCUCUUUGGUGUGCCCUGCCUGGUCAUUAUUGUCUGCUAUGGGCUCAUGGCCCGGUGCCUGUAUCGGCCCUUUCCAGGGGCUGCCCAGUCAUCUGCUCGUCUGCGAUCUGUCCGCACCAUCACUGUGGUGCUGAUCGUCUUUGCCAUCUGCUUCAUGCCUUUCCAUAUCACCUGCACCAUCUAUUACAUGGCAAGGUUGGUGGAAGCUGACUGCCAGGUGCUGAACAUUGUCAAUUUGGUCUACAAAGUGACUCGGCCUCUGGCCAGUGCCAACAGCUGCCUGGAUCCUGUGCUCUACCUGCUCACUGAGGACAAGUAUCAAUGUCAGCUCUGACAGCUCUGCAGGGGUGGCCAGCCCCUGCCCCACAUGGCUGCAUCCUCCCUGGCACUGGUGACCCUGCCUGAGGAUAGCAGCUGCAGGUGGAUAGUCAUCCCCCCAGACAGUGGCUGCCCUACCCCUGAGGCAGCUAGAUUGUAACACUGGAAUCCAGGAAGUGAGAGAAAAGGGGGUGGGUGCAGAAAAGUGAGGGAAAGCAAGGGUGACACCUGAUGCAGCUGUUUCUCCUCUUCGCCAGCUCUGGAGAGAGGCCCUCGCCUGGAGGGUUAGUGGGGAGCAAGGGAGACCAUGUGUGACCCCAUCUCUCAUAAACUCCUCAGUUGUGCUCUCCUUUUUAGCCAAUGCAGUUAGCAACCACUCUUCCUCCUCUACUUCUUUGUCUUGGUUUCUGUCCCCUUAUUGGGGCCAUUGGUCCUAUCUCUUGAUCCUAUAAGGCUUCCUGGAAAUCUCCCCUGGUCCUCCUUUCCCCUCUCUUUCCCCCACAUCCUUGUACAGUGUGUGCUCGCCCAGCCAGACCAGAGCAUUCAGCUGGAGGGGUGGAGAAGCCAGGUAAUCUCAAGAUUGGCCUCACUUAUCUGAUGGUGAUAGCCAGAAUCAGGAAGUGGGGGCACCAGCAUAUCACAGAUGCCAAGGAUAUGCCCUGUGUAGUGUCCACACCCACUUCCUAGUUUCCCCUAGAAGACAGGGUAGUCUUGCCUAUCAAGGUGCUGAAUAGGGCACAAUGGCAGAAAGCCUGCAUGCCAGGGUCCCCACAUUCAGCUGGAGGCCUGGCACUGUUGAACUGGUGGGUAGCCAUAAGGUAGAGAGGGAUCUCUGAGUCUUACCAUGGGGUGGGGACCCUGUGGAGACUCAAGGGGCAGGGCCCAAGCUGAUAGUGGCCUUUGGAACAGGAAUGUUACUGGACCUCCUUUACAAUGUUUGCUGAGAGAUUAUUUGACAGUUCGCCUGUGCUUACUGGAAGGAAGAGUUGGUGGCUUAGAAUGAGAGGGAGGAGCUCUCAGGUCUCUGGCUGUUAAGUUCUAGCACCAAGGGGUAGAGCAGGUUCGUGUGGAGGUUGGGGUGGUGACAUGGAUUGAUGCCCAGAGCUGGCUCUUCACUGGUCUCCCCUUUUUCUAGUUCCUGUCCUGGGUAAAUGAUACAUUUGUCACCAGCUCUUUCAGAUCAAGCUUUGGGCCUUUGAGGGCAGGGCAGGGCACUGGGACAAGGAUAACUCCACUCAGAGUCUCCUAUGCAGUCACUCCCCUGCAGCACCAUCUUAAUGCUUACGGGAUUACAGGAGUGGAGGGGAUUAUAGAAUUUGGGGAGCUAACUCCCAAGCCUUGGAAAGAAGAGUUUCUGGGCAGGCAGUUGUAAGAAGAGUAGGCUCACACUUGAAGGCCUCACUGUGAGAUUGCCUUCCAUCCCAUUGGUCUCCUGAGUCUCCAGCCUUCCUUUUAUUUUGCUCCACCCUUUCUGAGCUGUCCAUGAUCUCUCACUUGUCUAUUGGCUUCUAAGGGAGAUCUCUGGAGAGUAAGGUUGGGCUGGUCUGCAGAGGAAAAAGACUUCAAUGCCCCCGAGUCCCCCUUUGCAUCCUUUUAAAUAUUCCCUCUUCCUCCCUAGAUUUCCAGAGUAUGCCUGCUACCCAGGACUCCUUCCACUGGAGUAAAUGUACUGGUCUUCUUCCUACUAGUCUCCAGUCUCCAGGCCACUGCCUAGCCUGUUAUAUACCCGGUUCCUCAUCUGCCUGCUCUCCCCUUUAUUCCUAUGAUCACAGCUUCCUUGUCCAUCACUUCUCCUAUCCACUGGCCCCACCC